GACUGCGCGGUUUGGCUUCUCGUUUGUGUUUAUAUCAACACAGAGGCGCAAAAAGGCGUUAAAUCCCACAAAAUAUAUAGUGACUUAUUAUAAACCCCUCAAUUCUAGGCUGUCUAUUUCUAUAAUAACAUGACGUAAUUUAUAAAACUUUAAUAACAUUAUCUUCGUUCUUCAGGCUUUGAAGAUGUCUGACGCAUGCCCUGACCCUGCUGGAGCCAUUAAGGCUAUUGACAAGAACUCAGUGCAUCAGAUCUGUUCAGGACAGGUGGUUUUGACUUUAGCCACAGCUGUCAAAGAGCUGGUUGAGAACAGCAUUGAUGCAGGGGCCACCAACAUUGAUGUGAAACUAAAGGAGUGUGGAGUAGAGCUUGUGGAGGUGUCAGACAAUGGUAAAGGUGUGGAGGAGGCCAACUUUGAAGGACUGACAUUAAAACACCACACAUCAAAGCUCAGGGAUUUUUCUGACCUCAUUCAUGUGGAAACAUUUGGUUUCAGAGGAGAAGCCCUUAGUUCUUUAUGUGCUCUUAGUGACCUGAGUGUGGUGACUUGUCAUGAGUCUAUGCAAGUGGGAACGAAGCUAGUGUUUGACCACAAAGGUCAUCUAGUGCAGCGUUCACCUCAGCCUCGCCAGCAGGGCACCACAGUGAGUCUACUGCAGCUUUUUGCCACACUUCCUGUGCGACACAAGGAGUUCCAGCGCAAUAUUAAAAAGGAAUAUGCCAAAAUGCUCCACGUCCUGCAGUCGUACUGCAUCAUCUCAACAGGGGUCCGAAUCACCUGCUCCAACCAAAAUGAGAAAGGAAAGCGCAGCACGGUCCUCAGCACCAACGGCAGCCACAGUAUGAGAGACAACAUAGGAGCUAUUUUUGGUCCAAAACAGCUACAGACUCUUCUGCCCUUUGAACAAAUGUCUCCUUCUGAAAACAUCGUUGAAGAAUAUGGACUGAAUGAUGCUGAGCUUCCUAAGCAGCUAUUCACCAUCACAGGUUUUGUGUCACGUGCUGACCAUGGUGUUGGAAGAAGUGCUACAGACCGACAGUUUUACUUCGUCAACAACAGACCAUGUGAUCCACUCAAGGUGACCAAAGUUGUGAAUGAGGUCUACCACAUGUACAACAGACAUCAGUAUCCAUUUGUUGCGUUGAAUAUAGCUGUCGCUUCAGAAUGUGUGGAUGUGAACGUGACUCCGGACAAACGUCAGAUUUUCCUGCAGGAGGAGAAGCUGUUGCUGGCCAUUCUGAAGAGCUCCCUUAUCACUCUGUAUGAGGCCGGAGCAAAUAAAAUCAGCCUCAACUACACACACGUGCCAAGCUCCAAAUCUUUAGACGUCACAGCUAACAUUUGUCACAUUGUCCCUUCAGAGGAGAACAUCCAAGAACAUUUAGGAUCAGAGUUACAGAGUCCAAAGGUAUCCCUGAAUCUGGCCAACCUUAAAGCUGUCUUUUCAAAUCAUUACAGCACAAAUGCUGGGAGCAAAACAGGUACAGCGAAGGCAGCAAAUGGCAGUAACAACAGUGGGCCAGCACAGAAAACUCUGCAGUCGUUCUUCAAGUCUGAAGUCAAACCUUCAGUUUCAGACUGCAGUUUAAAAUCACCUCUGAAAUCUGAGAAAUCUGUACUUGAUGGUUUCAGGUACAGGAACAAGUCAAGUGGUGAUGCAGAGGAGGAAAAAGACAGUCCUUUGCUCAUGACUGCAAUCACAGAACUUAAAUGUUCUGGUCUGGAGGCGAGUUUUCCUGGAGCCAUUGACGUUCCUGAUGACAAAGAUAAAGAAAUGUUUGAUGAUGAUGUUCACACCGAGGAGCCAGAGGCACAGUCUGAGCCUUUUGCUUCAAAAGAGGACUUUCUUUUGAGCCCGGAUACAAAAAGGGCCAAGGUAGAACAUCCACAGAACCCCAGAGAACAUAAAUCCACUCCCCUAAGUAACGUCUCUGCUGAAUCCUUGAACAACAAGUUGGACGCUCCUGUUUGUCAGCAGAGAACAACAGUAACUCUACAGUUCUCUUUACAAGAGCUUGAAGGAAAAAUCCAGAGGAUGAAGAACCAGCAGAGACAAAAGGCAGUUGAUGAGCUUCGAUACCGACGCUUCAAGGCCAAAAUCAACCCUGGAGAGAACCAGAGUGCAGAGGAGGAGCUGAAGAAGGAGAUCAGCAAAGACAUGUUCAAAGAGAUGGAGAUCAUUGGUCAGUUCAACCUGGGCUUCAUCAUCACCAAGCUCAACUCAGACAUCUUUAUGAUCGACCAGCACGCCACAGAUGAGAAGUACAACUUUGAGAUGCUGCAGCAGCACACGGUCCUACAAGGACAGAAACUCAUCAUCCCUCAGAAACUCCAGCUCACAGCUGUCAGUGAGAACAUUCUCAUGGAGAACAUUGAGAUUUUUAGAAAGAACGGCUUUGAGUUUCAGAUCGAGGAAGAAGCUCAGGUGAUGGAGAGGGUCAAACUGGUGUCUCUGCCCACCAGUAAGAACUGGACAUUUGGUCCAGCUGAUAUCGAGGAGUUGAUCUUCAUGUUGACAGACAGUCCGGGCGUCAUGUGCCGACCGUCCAGAGUCAGACAGAUGUUUGCCUCCAGAGCCUGUCGAAAAUCUAUCAUGAUCGGCACAGCCCUGAGUGUCAGCGAGAUGAAGAAGCUCGUCGUCCACAUGGGGGAAAUUGAGCAUCCUUGGAACUGCCCGCAUGGUCGGCCCACCAUGAGACACCUGGCCAACCUGGACAUCAUCUCCCCAGACUGACCUGGACCUGAACCAGGACAGAAAGACACACUGGAGACAUUGCUGUUCACUUCACUGUUCAGAUUCCAAAUGUUUGUGUUUUUGAUAAAUAUGUUUCAAGAUGUUUUGUCAUUUAGGUUUUUUUUACAUUAAUG